CUAUCGAUAAGUGGAAGAUCUGUGGAAGUUUUGCAACACUUCCCGAACUUUUAUAAACAACGCAGUCCCCCUGUAUAUUUGUAGUAACAAAUUUUAUAAAUUCUUUAUUUUUUGUAAGACUGCGCGACUAAAUAACCAACAGCAAGAUGGGAAAGGGUUUCAACAAUUACAUGUGUAAAAAGUUCUUCCAUCCCGCAUCCAGGGAUAAUUUGAAGCGAGUAUGGAUGGCAGAGCAGCAAGCAGAGGCUUACAAAAAGAAGCAAGAGGAGCUGCGUACCCAAUAUGAAAAGGAACAGAAUUUACAUGAGAACAAGGCCAUGCUGAGCAAGGACAGCAAAGACAAAUUAAGUGUAAAUUUCAUGUACGAGCCUCCGCCAGGUGUGCGGAAGGAACGCGAAAAGGACGACAAUGAGCCCGAGUACAAGUUUGAGUGGCAGCGAAAGUAUAAUGCACCCAGAGAGUCAUACUGCAAGGGGGAUACCGAGAUCAGAGAUCAGCCCUUCGGCAUUCAAGUGCGAAACGUCCGUUGCCUGAAGUGCCACAAGUGGGGUCACAUAAAUACAGACAAAGAGUGCAGCAUGUACAGCAUUUCGAUGAGCGAAGCACGUAAAAUUCACGCCGAAACCGAAGCCGACGAUAUUAUGGCCAAGAAUGUUCUUGAGGAACAAAUGAAAGAGGAUGGUCUUAUGAUGAAACGAUCGGCGCUAGAGCUUCAGAGCAUCAAAAUAAAUCAGCAAAGGCACCAACUGGUGCCUAGCGACGGCGAGGAGGAAUCAAAUCCCCUUGAACAAAAUCCAGAGUUAGUGUUUCUAAAAUCUCUGACAAAAAAACAAAAGCUGAAGUUGCUCAAGAAGCUUGAAAAAAUUGAGCGAAUGAAACGUAAGGGCGAAGGCAUCAAUAAAUCCAGAAAAAAAAAAUCAAAAAAGAAUAAAGACGACAAGGACAAGGAGAGCACAAAGAAAAAGAAGUCCAAGAGUAGUAGGCAUAAAGAUAAGCCCAGUAGGAAGGAAAGAAAAUCUUCAGAUAAUGAUAGUUCGUCGUCUUCAUCUUCGUCUUCUUCGGAAAGCAGUGACUCUGAGGAUGAUCAAAGGAACAAUCACAAAGAUGCCAAGAAAAACUUUUCUAAUCGAUCAAGGGAUUCGGACGAACACCAUCGUCGUCGCAGAGAUGACAAGAAACAUCGCAGGGAUCGAUCCCGAUCAAGAGAUCGCUCUCGAUCUACCAGCCGGGAUAGGAGAAGAGAAAAAGAUCGCAGGGAUUACUCCAGGAGAUAGAAAAGUCUUUGUCAACUCAUCAAUCAGAUAUUCACAUUUAGUACUUUAUAUAAAACAAUUUUAACCAAAAAACUAAAUUUGGUUUAUUUUUCUUGUUCAAAUAUUUUGAUGCAAAUUAAAUGCGAAUCCUGCAACACAAAA